AUGGCAGACACCAUUCCCCUUUUACAACGUUCGACUCUCAACCCGGGUGCCCAAGUCUUUCAGCCCCGUGGCGGGGCCACUGUUGAAGGUGAGUGCAAGAUGUUGCAGCAGCAGCAGCAGCAGGAGCCGAAGCCGCUGCACAUCAUUGUGCACAAUGAUAACAAUUGGCAACAAGCCGGCCUACAGCCACAGCAGCAACAGCAGCAGCAGCCACAACUGCAACAGCAACAGAAACAACUGCACUAUGUUCUGCAUGGCAAUAACAAUUGGCAGCAAAUCAGCCAAGACCAACAGCAACUUAUAUUGCAGCAACAGCAGCAGCACCAGAAGCAACUGCAGUACGUUGUGCAUGGGAAUAACAAUUGGCAGCAAGUCGGGCAGAAGCAUUCGCCGCCGCAACUGCACCAACAGCAGCAUCAGCAGCAGCAGGUAGUGCAAAUACAGCAGCCACAGCAGCAACAGCAAGAACAACUACAUUACGUUGUGCAUGGCAACAGCAAUUGGCAGCAGAUCGUCACAGAGCAGCAGCAGCAACAACAAUAUCAGCUACAGCAGCAGCAGCAGCAGCAACAGCAGCCGCAGCAUCUUCAGUACGUUGUGCAUGGUCCCAGCAAUUGGCAGCAGAUCGCCCAGGAGCAGCAGCAGCAACUGCAGCAACAACAGCCACAGCAGAUCCAGUAUGUUGUACAGGGCAAUAAUUGGCAGCAGCUCGUCCAGGAGCAGCAGCGGCAAAUACAGCAACAACAGCAGCAACAACAGCAGCCGCCAGUCCAGUACAUUGUGCAAGGCAGUAACAAUUGGCAGCAACUCGUCCAGGAACAGCAGGGAGAGCAGCCAAUUCAGUAUGAUGUGCAUGGUAACAAUAAUUGGCAACAGCUCGCCCACGAGCAGCAGCAACAAAUAUUGCUACAACAGCAGUUGCAGCUACAGCAGCAACAGCAACAGCAGCAGCAACGACAACAGCAGCAGCAGCCAGUUCAGUACGUUGUGAAUGGCGGCAGCAGCUGGCAGCAGAUCGUUCAGGAGCAGCAACAGCAGAUCCAGCAACAACAGCAGCAGCAGCAGCAGCAGCAGCCGCAGUAUGUUGUGUCCAUCAACAGCAACUGGCAGCAAGUCGUCCAAGAACAGGAACAGCAAAUACACCAGCAACAAUUACUGCAACAGCAGCAGCAGCCGCCACUACAGUACGUUGUGCGUGGCAAUUGGCAGCAAAUCUGCGAGGAGCAGCAGCAGCAGCUGCAGCAGGAGGAGCUGCAAGAAGAGCUCCAACAAGGGCAGCAACACGAGCAGCAGAAGUCACCGCAGGAGCAGCUUCAGCAGCAAGAGCAGCAAGAUCAGCAUCCAGAACUGCAGCAAGACCAGCAGGAGGAGCAGAAGCAGCAGCCGGUUAUGUGGAUACCCAUUGCCCAGGCAGUGCCAUCGGCAAAUUCGCCCUACGUGCUAAUCCAGCCCUUGCCAUAUUAUCAGCAGCAGCCGCCGCCGUCGCUGCCGCACCCAGAGCUAAGUCAUGAUCAGCCCGCCAGCAGCAGUCCCGAUGGCGGCUACUUUCAGCAUCAGCAGCAGCAGCCAUUUCAGGCACAGCAGCAGCAGCAGCCAUUUCAGUCACACACAGUGUCCGUUACUAAUCUCCAGCAGAUGCCAGCAGUUUAUCAGCAGCAGCAGCAGCAGCAGCAGCAGCAGCUGUCCGAUAAUUUCUCACGUUACCAGCAGCCCAAGCAGGCGAUGACAGCUGACGUCCAGCUGAACUAUUGUGCCCAGCAGCCGGGGAAGGGCUACCGGCUGCCAGUUAAGCCGCUGACCUAUAAGCCAAAGCAAUCGAAGCAGCCAAAACGCAUCAUGUACGCCGCCCGACGUGGCCAGCAGCAACAGCAAUUGUCGCAGCACUAUGAGCAACAGCAGCAACUGCAACUGCAGCAGCAGCAUCACCAGCAGCAGCAUCAGCAGCAGCAGCAGGCAUCGCUGGGCCAGCAAUAUCAGCCAAUCAAUUCGUAUUCGUAUUCGAAGCCAUAUCUGAACGCCUAUCCCAAUACCAUAUUCUAUACCAAUCCGAUACGCAUCAACGGGUGCCGGGCACCGGCUCCGACAGCCGCCGCUUUGAUCCAGUGGAACGAGAACAUUUUGGGCGCUCUGCUCAGCCUGAUGGUGGAGCAGGGUGAGCCGCUAACAUUUGCAUUCAUCCUGACCGAGCUGUCCGUGCGCCUCGGCUGCCCGGAGGAGAUAGUCAAGCGGCUGGCGCCCAAUGCCAUGUAUGAGGCAUCCAACAAGGGCUACGUGCGCCGCAUCAAUGGCUGCUAUGUCCUCGACGUGGAUCCAGCCAUUGUUCAACAGCACCUGCUGCAGUAG